ACUGCUAUGUGUAUCAAAAUUUCUAUUAAAAUUUAUUGUACUGUCUAAGAAAUAUUUUGAGCAGGAAAAUAAUGAUUAGAAAAUGAGAAGAGGAAAAGGUUCAGAGCAACCAAGGCAUAUACGUGCUAUAAUGGCUUUAAAACAUGAUGACCAGAAGAAUUUCUAAACUAUAGGAAGAAUGUUGUGGAAACUAAAUACCAUGAAUGUGCAUGUAAGCCAGUGAUAUUAUUUAUUCAAUAAAUCCUUGUAGAAUAAAAAUAGUAUUAUCUGAAUUAUGUGAAUACUGUGAUGUAAGAUCAGUGAUUAACAAAAAAGGAUAAAAACUUGGACCAAGAUAUAGCAGAGUAGUACUGAGAUAUUUGAGGACUGAGUCUAGGCAGAGCAGGGAGGGAUAUAUAAGAAAAUGGGAUGAUGCCCUGAAGGAAACAAAAAAAUCAGUGGUGAUCUCACUCCUCUUCCUAUUUUACUCCAGGGAAAUAGCCUCUAUAAAUGGCCUUGAGGAACCACAGCACCAUCACGGAGUUUAUUCUCAUUGGGCUGUCCACUGACCCCCACAUUGAGGCUCUGCUAUUUUCACUCUUCCUGGUGAUUUAUCUUCUGACCAUGAUGGGGAACUUGAUGAUGAUGCUGGUGAUCAGGGCACAUUCCCGCCUCCACACUCCCAUGUACUUCUUCUUGAGUAAUCUGUCAUUCCUGGACCUUUGUUUCUCUUCUGUCACUCUGCCCAAGCUGCUGGAAGACCUCCGGUCUGAGAAGAAAACCAUCUCAGUAGAGGGCUGCCUGGCUCAAGUCUUCUUUGUGUUUUUAACUGCAGGAACUGAAGCCUGUCUGCUCUCAGUGAUGGCUUAUGACCGCUAUGCUGCCAUCUGCCACCCGCUGCUCUAUGGCCAGGUGAUGAGCAACCAGCGCUGUGUGAAACUGAUGUUGGCCUCAUGGGGCCUGGCCUCUCUCAAUGCAGUUGUGAUUUUGCUCUUGGCUAUUAAUAUGGACUUCUGUGAAGCCCAGACUAUACACCACUUCACCUGUGAGCUACCCGCUCUCUUCCCCUUGUCUUGCUCUGAUAUCUCCAUCAAUAUCAAUAUCCUACUCAGUGCCAGCUUGCUGCAUGGACUUGGAACCAUCAUCCCAAUUUUCUUAUCCUACGCACGUAUUAUCUCCACUAUCUUGGGCAUCAGCUCCACCACAGGCAGAAGCAAGGCCUUCUCCACCUGCUCCUCUCACCUUAUUGCGGUGGUCCUGUUCUUUGGUUCAGGUUUUCUUUGCUAUCUCAUGCCUCCAUCUGGUUCCUCCCUGAAUGUUCUCAUAUCUUUGCAGUACAGUGUGGUCACACCCCUGAUGAAUCCACUUAUCUACAGCCUAAAAAACAAGGAAGUAAAGGCAGCUGUGAAAAAGAUAUUGGGAAAAUUUCUAUAAUUUUGGGAUAGUGAACAAAGAAAAUUACUCCACAAAAUUGAAAAGAUUGUAUUUUUUGCAUUUUCUAUUUUGUCUCUACCUUCUCUCACUACAUAGGGUGAGAUAAGGUGAAUGU